GUUUUGCUGAGAACAACAGCAGGAGAUAUAGAUAUAGAAUUAUGGUCAAAAGAGGCUCCAAAAGCAUGUCGAAAUUUCAUCCAGCUUUGUAUGGAAGAAUAUUACAAUAACACAAUAUUUCACAGAGUAGUGCCUGACUUUAUAGUGCAAGGUGGUGAUCCCACUGGUACUGGAUCAGGUGGAGAUUCAAUCUAUGGCGCUCCCUUCAAGGAUGAGUUCCACUCACGAUUGCGGUUUAAUCGAAGAGGACUUGUUGCUAUGGCUAAUGCUGGGCCCCAUGAUAACGGGAGUCAAUUUUUCUUUACACUGGGUCGUGCAGAUGAACUUAAUAACAAGCACACAAUCUUUGGAAAGGUUACAGGGGAUACAAUAUAUAACAUGUUGCGCCUGGCUGAAGUAGAAGUUGACAAGGAAGAGAGACCUCUCAGUCCACACAAAAUAAGAAGCAGUGAGGUUUUGUUUAAUCCUUUUGAUGACAUUGUUCCAAGACCAAAUAGAAAGCUGAAGAAAGACAGACCAGAAGAAGAAACUAAAAAGUCGAAAGUAAAAGGCACAAAAAACUUUAACCUGCUUUCCUUUGGGGAAGAAGCUGAAGAAGAGGAGGAGGAAGUCAAUAGAGUUAGUCAGAGCAUGAAGGGAAAAAGUAAAAGUAGUCACGAUCUACUGAAGGAUGAUCCACAUCUAAGCUCAGUUCCUGCUGUCAAAAGUGAAGCAUCAAGUGAAGAAAGGGAUUUGAGUGAGGAGGAAGAAGAACAUGAUGAAGAUGCUGAUAGUGAGGAAGAUGAGGCUGCUAGCAAUAAGAGAUUUAAAAUAAAAGAACGCAUUGCCAAGAAGUUGAGAAUUGAUACAUGUGAAAAUGCUAAACAGCAACUUCAAGAGGAAGAAACUAAGACAGAAAAGAAAACAACAAGUCGCAG